AUGUCUUGCUCCGAAAAUCGAUUCGAUGUCUUGAUCGCUGGUGCUGGCCGGCAGGAUUGCUUAUCGGCUUGGGCCUGCAGCGGAUGGGAAUCAAAACAUGCAUUAUCGGUCGGUGAGCGCCUUGUGAAAUCCGAAGUUCCGAUGUACGGACGUGCGUGCACACUAUAUCCUCGGAGUCUGGAAUACCUUGAUCAAUUCGAGCUUCUGGAUGACAUGAUUCAAGAGGGGUUCAUUGCCCGCGGAACGGUCAACUUCGAUAAGAAUGGAGUACGAAACGUCGACAGAGGUUGGCAGGGUAUCUUCCAUCAUUCAAAGGAUUCGUACUUCUCCUGGCUGUUAAACUUGCGGCUGAAGUACUCCGAAGACAUCAUUCGCGAGCAUUUUAUCAGACAAGGCGGUUCGUACCGCGAUGGGCUAGAACUGACGAGUUUUGACCACGAUGGAGCGGCCACGAAGGAGUACCACCAAGCUCAUAUCAGAGACGUGCGCACAAACCAAAGCCAGGUUUACGAAAGUCGCUUCCUGAUCGGUGCAGACGGUGCCCAUUCCACCACACGCCACUUGGCUAAGAUAACCACCCAAUCUUUUGGCUCCCCGACUCCCAUAAAAUGGGUCCGGAUGGACGGCGUGUUCAAGACGGACAUGCCGGACCAGCACCUUGGAUUUGGGUCGCUCGAGUCUCCAACACAUGGCAAUGUCCUGUGGGUCACUCUAGAUCAUGGCCGGUCACGUAUCGGCUUUGCUUUAAGCCCCGAGUUGCAGAAGAAGUACGGGGCUUCCAUGACCGAAGAGCAGGUCGUGGUCGAAGCACAUGAAGCUAUGAAGCCCUUCAAGGUGGAGAUUGCUCAAGUUGACUGGCACACAGUCUAUGGGAUACGACAGGGACUGACAGAUCAGUACAUCAAGAACCGCGUCGUCUUGGCUGGAGAUGCGUGCCAUGUCCACUCCUCUGGCCUGGCACAGGGUAUGAACACUGGCAUUCACGAUUCGUUCAAUCUAUGCUGGAAGCUGGCUGGCUAUCUCAAGGGCUAUCUCAAUGCGGAAGUGUUGCAGACGUAUGAAACCGAAAGGCGCGCCGCAGCCAAUACUCUCAUCAACAUCGACCGUGUUGUAUCGGAAUUGAUAACGGGUACGGUUCCGCCAGAGCUCGCGGGCAAUGGCGGCGGCGCAGACCCCAACGCUCUACUGACACGCCACUUCGAAGAGUCGAUCGACUUCACCGUCGGCCUCGGGGUUCACUACGCUGUCAACAUUCUCAACAGGAGCUCCACUGCUAGCAUCGUUCAAGCAGGCCACCGACUUCCCGAUGUGUUGUUUCACAAGCCCGGACACAGUAUUCCAACACGCCUGUACGAACUGCUUCGGUCCCGAGGCGAGUUUUCGGUCUUGGUUUUUACUGGUAGGCCUUGGCUCACGAAGGACACUCUUGACACGGUGCACGAGGCUUUUGGAUCUGCAGGAUCGAAAUUGACCAAGUCUACCUCAAUCCCGCUGAAGCAGAUCACAAUUAUGGCGGAUAGCAGCGCAUCGGUCUUUGACUCUCUAGGCAGACCGGCGUAUGGACAGGUGUAUUACGAUCAAAGUGAAAUUGCUUACGGUCGGUAUGGGAUUUCUGUCGAAGAAGGAGCAAUCAUCAUUGGUAGACCCGACAGCCUUGUCGGCGUCGCAUGUCGACUUUCGGAGGCAGAGAGCGUUCUGCACUAUUUCAAAGAGUUGGAGCCCUAA